GUUCACACUCUAAGAAUAACUCAAUCACAAUGGCCCGCACAAAACAGACCGCUCGUAAGAGUACCGGUGGUAAGGCACCCCGUAAGCAGUUGGCUACCAAGGCAGCCCGAAAGUCAGCACCCGCCACCGGUGGUGUGAAGAAGCCUCACCGUUAUCGUCCUGGAACCGUCGCUCUUCGUGAGAUCCGUCGUUUCCAAAAGUCCACUGAGCUGCUUAUCCGCAAGCUGCCUUUCCAGCGUCUAGUGCGUGAGAUCGCCCAGGAUUUCAAGACUGAUCUUCGUUUCCAGUCCUCUGCCAUCUCUGCCCUUCAGGAGGCUUCUGAGGCUUACCUUGUAGCUCUAUUCGAGGACACUAACUUGUGCGCUAUCCACGCCAAGCGUGUGACCAUCAUGCCCAAGGAUGUACAGCUUGCCCGCCGUAUCCGUGGAGAGCGUGCUUAA